CGAGACCACCUGUAGUCUCGCGACACUACAGUCCGAGCCCCUCCUUGGGAGCCGGGCGGGGCGGAACGGCUUGGCAGCGGUGGUGAGGGCGGGCCUUGCGGGCACUAUGCCGUCGGGCUUCUCAGUCAGCUCCUUCCCCGUCAGCAUCCCCGCGGUGAUCACGGUAACAGCCCCUGAGACAGACUGGAGUGAGCCAUGGCUGGUGGGGCUGGCUGUCUUCCACGUGCUGUGCCUGCUCCUCACUUGCUUCUCAUCCCAGAGGUACAGACUACAGAUUGGCCAUUUCCUGUGCCUUGUGGUCCUGGUCUACUGUGCUGAGUACAUCAAUGAAGUGGCCGCAAUGAACUGGAGGUUGUUUUCAAAAUAUCAGUAUUUUGACUCCAAGGGGAUGUUCAUUUCUGUUGUGUUCUCAGCACCGCUGCUGCUCAAUGCCAUGAUCAUUGUGAUUUUGUGGGUACGCAAGACUUUGAAUGUGAUGACUGACCUGAAGAACUUGCAAGAAAAAAGAAAGAAGAGGAGGAGAAAGGAAGAGUAGGCUUUUGGCAGUGCUGGGCUCGGUUGGUCGUGCUGGCCGCGGUGGCUUCUGUGCAGUGAUGCCCAGGCAUCCUCAGCUGGCGUGGUGGGAAGCCGUGCUCCUCUCUGGGGCUCCAGCGCUGGAGCGCACACUAAAGUUGUUUCUCAAACCAACACGGAUCGUACCCUCGCGUGUUUGUUGAGCCUGGUCUGCCCUUAGCAGGCCUGAUCUCUCAGACUAAGUCACAGGAGGGUCCUGUGCAUCCUUCCAGGACUCUGUGGUCAGUUGUAGAGUGUCCACUUGGCAUGGAACCCCAGCGAUAGUGCCGUCCUGCACACAGGCCAAUCACCUGGCCAUCGCCCUGCGUCUUGUGCUCUACAGGAUAGCUCUUAACUGAGGGCAGGUUUGCCCCCAAGGGACUUGGGAUAGUUUGGUGACACUUUUGCUCGUCACUGGAGGAGGAGUGCUGCUUGCACCUGGUGAGUGGAGCCUGAGGGCUGCUGAAUCCUGCAGGGAUGGACUGUGUCCCCACCCUGGAGGACCGCAGAGCGCUGGCCCCACGCCUGCUCCGCCUGAGACCUCUGACAGGUCUGGAAAGAAUGGCGCAUAUCUCAGAUACUGACCAGUGCCCUGGGCCUGGGCCUUCUGAAGCCACCAGAUGGGCAUAUCAUGUGAUGACCCAUCUCCUGAGUCUGGGCCCUCUGAAAUCACCAGCUGGGCGUAUCUCAUGUAGUGACCAGUCCCCUGAGCCUGGGCCUUCUGAAACCAGGAGCUGGGCAUAUAUCUCAGCUUAACCACUGGGUCCCAUGAGGUUAGGCCUUCUGAACCGACAGUGGGGCCACCUCACUGAUCACACUUCUGCUAGUGGGAGGAGAAGCCUGAAGUUGGACUGUGUGGACAAGACUGUGUUAAAUGCACUCUUUAUUUUGCUCUGAGUGCAGCAUUACAAAUAGAGAAACAUUCCAUGAAGGACCCAGUAGUCUCCACUCCACCUGGACAGUGCAGGUCCCUCCUGCCCUCCUGAGUUCCAUCCUGUAGGGGUGCCCUCAGGCUGCCUGUCCAGGGCACUCAUUUGGUGUAGUGAAACAUUUUUCAAAUUUCUAAAAGAAAAAACUGUCCAAGUGAAAGCACUUCAUGUAUUAAGAACAUGACAGUUUGAUUGCAACAUUGUCUUGAAAUCCAGAUGUGUCAGUUUUAAGUUUUUAGGUGGUGGUAAGCUCUUAGUGGAGAAGCUGGCAGGAGGUAGAUGUGAGUGGAUAGAAUCCUCUCAGCCAGGCCACUGGAGUUUUGUGCCUGCAGCUCUUCUCAGUCCCUCUGCAAUUUGUUCAGCUUUUACAGUGAAUGCAGAGGUGACUUGGGAGUAGCAGCCUGAUCUUAAGUAAGACCAAUCUCAAGUUGACAGCACCCGUGGGAUCGUGUGGCAAGUCUGAUUGUGCACAUCUCAGUGGCUGUCUCAGGGUGUUGGACGACGCAUGGCUUGAUGAGGGCUCCCCUCACCCCCCACAAGGUGGUUUCACAGAAAACGAAGAGCCGCUCUGUGUGACUGCAGGAGCCCAGAGCAGGUGUUGUGUGAGUGUGGAGGUGGCCCUCCAGCGCUGUUCCCUGCCAGGCUGUCCCAGGCCAGCAUUGGGAAGCAGGUCAGGAAAUUGCUGGAGAGAACACAUCUGAGGCAGCUGUGGGACCUCUCGUGCAACUGAAAUAAGCCAGUGAGACCCCAUCUGUACAUUGGACCAUGCAGAUCUGGGCCCGUCCACCUGAGUCUAGCUUCCCUGUGAUAAAGUGGUGACAUAGUACUGUUAGCUCAGUACCGAGGUGCCAGCCCAUGUGUGACCCUGAUGUGGGCUCUGGGUUUCACAUGUGUGUUGUUUUCACACAAAUGAAGUUUGCAUCAUUUUAGUGAGGCUCCUAUCUCAGUGGCUGGAAUUGCAUUGUUAGGAACUGUCUUCAUAUCUUGUCCUCGUAUUAGGGAAAAUCCUGCAAGCUAAAAUCAUCAGCUCUCGAGUAAUUCAUAAAACUUGUGUGGGUACAUGCAGGGUGUGGGCUGGGACUGUGGCUUGGGGCAGGCACUUGCCCGUAUGCCUGAGGUGCUGGGUUCCAUCCCCAGCACUACAGAAAAGUAAAUUCAAAAUAAGGUAUGGGGUGUGAGCCCCACUACAUCCACGCUCUGAGAAGUGGAAAGCUCAUAAGUGAUCUGCUCCUCUGCUUUAGUUAGCAGGUGCUUUUACCAUGUGUUUAUGAACAAAGCAGAACAAAGAACAUCGUGCAUUCUCCAAGCCUGUGACACCGUCAGUUUGUUGAUCCAUGUGUAAUAAAACAUCUUCAAUGUA